AUGUCAAUGAUUAGAGCGAGAUUAACACUGAACAAACGGCUGAAUGCUACGCUGAUAUGCCAGCCAUAUAAGAGGCUACUACAUAGUUCUCGAGCAAUCGCUCAUCAGCACAAAGAUCAGGAACAAAUACCAGACCAUGAACAUAAUCAUGACCCUACAAUAGAAGAGCAUGGGCUUAAAUCUAUGCUAUCGCAUAGCCAUAGCCAUGGCCAUAGUCAUAGUCAUUCUGGUGAAAAUGCAUUCCUUACAUUAAGCAAGGAUAAUGUGUUAACAAACCCAGGUGUUAGAAUCACAUGGAUUGGACUGGGGAGCAAUGUCCUUAUGGCAGUUGGGAAAUUUUUUGGUGGUAUUGCAUUCCAUUCACAAGCCUUGUUAGCAGACUCGGUGCAUGCGAUGUCUGAUCUCGUUUCUGACUUUCUGACACUAUUUUCUGUUAGUUUAUCUUCCAAAAAAUCCAAUGAUAUGUAUCCAUAUGGUUACGGGAAAGUUGAAACCGUGGGUUCUCUGGCAGUAUCUACAAUACUGGCGGGUGCAGGUGUUUCCAUUGGUUGGAGUUCUUUAUGUGCGAUAGUAGGUCCGAUAGUGCCUCAUACUAUUAUUGAGUCUUUGCACAACAUAUUUGGCUCCAUGAUAGAUUUUUCCGGAUCACAUUCACACAGUCACACCAGCGCAACAGAUGUUAAUGCAGCAUGGAUAGCGGGUGGUUCUAUUAUUAUGAAGGAAUGGAUAUUUCAAGCUACAAAGAGGGUUGCCAUAAAGACGAAUUCAAACGUACUUAUGGCUAACGCAUGGCACCAUAGAAUUGACUCAUUGACCUCGCUAGUUGCUCUUGUAGCCAUCAGUUCAAGUUAUUUCUUCGGUAUACAAUCAUUGGAUAGUCUUGGUGGACUGCUGGUCUCAGUUCUGAUAAUCAAGGCCGGUGGUGAGGGUAUGGUAUCUUCAGUAAAAGAACUGACAGAUCAGUCCUUAAGUAAGAAAGAUGAGAGAUACCUAGAAAUCGAAUCUAUCCUAAAAAAACAGAUACCAUUACUGGAUAGAGGGAACUUGGAAUUAGAUAGGUUGGUGGUGAUGCCAUCGGGCCCAAAAAUGAGAGCAAUCACCACACUGAGUGUCCCACAAGACAGCAACAUUUCUGUACAUGAUAUGGAUAAUGUCACUGCUGAAUUACGCAAGUCAAUGUUAGAUGGUGUCAAGAACCUUUCGUUCUUUGACGUACGUUACACUUCAAAGUAUUGA